ACGCGUGCGCAGUUGUGACAUUUGACAAGUCAUCGCCAUUUUUCAAAUCAGUUUGUAUUUGUCCCAAAAGGAGUGUGUUGGUCUUUUGAGCAAAAAUGCCGAGUCAAGAAGUAACCACGACUAAAGUGGUGGUUCACCCUUUGGUUCUGUUAAGUGUGGUUGACCACUUCAACCGAAUGGGGAAGAUCGGGAACCAGAAACGGGUCGUGGGGGUACUUUUGGGGUGCUGGCGGGCCAAAGGGGUCCUCGACGUUUCUAACAGUUUCGCAGUCCCGUUUGAUGAGGACGAUAAGGACAAGUCGGUGUGGUUUUUGGACCACGAUUACCUCGAAAAUAUGUAUGGAAUGUUCAAAAAAGUCAAUGCCCGAGAACGGGUCGUGGGAUGGUACCACACGGGCCCCAAACUUCACCAAAAUGAUAUUGCAAUUAACGAAUUAAUCAGGCGUUAUUGCCCCAAUUCAGUCUUGGUUAUUAUUGAUGCCAAACCUAAGGAUUUGGGGCUGCCGACUGAGGCGUACCAAGCUGUGGAGGAAGUCCACGAUGAUGGGUCCCCCACCAGUAAGACAUUUGAGCAUGUUCCGAGUGAAAUAGGGGCGGAAGAGGCUGAAGAAGUGGGUGUUGAGCACCUUUUGAGAGAUAUUAAAGAUACGACAGUGGGGACGCUUUCACAGAGGAUCACGAAUCAGUUGUUAGGCUUGAAAGGGUUACAUCUGCAAUUGAGGGACAUUCGGAAUUAUUUGAUGCAAGUCAGUGAAGAGAAAUUGCCGAUCAAUCACCAAAUUAUUUAUCAAUUGCAAGAUAUAUUUAACUUGUUGCCAGAUAUUAGUCAAGACACGUUUAACAAGGCGUUUUAUGUCAAAAAUAAUGAUCAGAUGUUGGUUGUCUAUUUAGCGGCAAUGGUACGAUCCAUUAUUGCUUUACAUAAUCUUAUUAAUAAUAAGCUUACAAAUAAAGACGCGGAAGAAGGAAAAAAAGAAGAGAACAAAAAAGACAGUAAGGAUAGUAAAGACAAGGAUAAGGAGAAAGAGAAGGACGCGAAGAAGGAUGAAAAGAAAAAAUAAUGAACGUGUGUCUCCAGAUUAAUUUUAUUUAACACGAUUUAUAACUAAAGUUUAGCUCAGUUUGUAUUAAUAAUAAAUUUUCUAAAAAUA